CGCUGAUCUCCUGAAUCUUGGUCGGAGAAGAAUGGAUGUUGAUGACAGAGUGAAUGCAGUUUUCUUUCUGUAUGAGCGUCAUGGCAGUGGUGACUAUAUCGGUGAGCCAGUCAGUUUGGUUGAACACAUGACUCAGUGUGCCAUACUAGCAGAACAAGAUGGUCAACCUGCAGAGGUAGUACUGGCAGCCUUCUUCCAUGAUGUCGGUCACCUGAUAGGAAUGGAGAAGGGACUUGAGAAGAUGGUAACAUCCGGUACCAAUCUUGGGGCCAAGGACCAUGAUGUCCUUGGAGGCCAGUUCCUGCGCGAGCUUGGCUUUCCCGACAAAGUCUGUAACCUAGUUCAGGGACACGUACAGGCAAAACGCUAUCUGGUGUGGAAAAACAAGGAAUAUUACAACAAUUUGAGUCCUGCCAGUAGACUGACGCUUGAGCACCAGGGGGGACGGAUGAGUGACGAGGAAGCCAGAGCUUUCGAGAACAAUCCACUGUUUGAUAUUAUCUUACGCAUGCGUACCUGGGACGAGAAGGGAAAGAGUGUUGAUGUUUCAAAUGUACAUAUAGAUAAAUAUCGAAAGCUUUGCACGGAAUAUUUGAGGAAUAUUCAAUAAAUAUGCCUUGACGAAA